AUUGCGUGCGCCUUCCCCAACGUGACGCAUCCAGUCGCCGGCUCUGAAACAACUCUCUCCCUCGACAGCACCUCACCCGACCGAGUUCUUCUCAAUCGGAAGUGGACAGCGAUAUCCUCUCUUACACAACAACACAACAACAUAUACCACUGACAUCACCAUCUCCUCCUGCUAUGAAGGUCUCAAACGCGUCUUUGCUUGCCGUGCUGCUGCCGGCGGUGAGCGCCCGCUUUGCUGAGCCGGGCGAGCCAGACCGGGUGAUACUGUAUCCCCACGGCAUCCCCAACUCACCGGAAGAGAGCCAGCAACACCACAUUGAGCUCGCACCAGGAGAGACAAGAUGGGUCACGGAGGACGAGAAGUGGGAGCUACGACGGAACGGCAUCCGGUUCUUCGACAUCACCGAUAACGCUGAUCUCGGCGCACUCCGCGCAAGGAGCGCCACUAAGAAGAAGAGCGUCUUCCCUGAGAAGCCGAAGCUGCAGAAGGAGAUCAAGCCGCUACUGGCGAAACUGUCAAAGACAGAGAUGAAAGACCACCUGACGACAUUCACAUCCUUCCACACCCGCUACUACAAGUCCGACUACGGCCGGCAAUCAAGCGAGUGGCUCCUCGGCCAAGUCCGCGACACCAUCAAGUCUGCGGGUGCCGAGAAGUACGUUCAUGCUGAGCACUUCAAGCACCCAUGGGGCCAGAACAGCAUUAUCGCGACCAUCCCCGGCAAGACCAACUCGACCAUCGUGAUUGGCGCGCACCAGGACUCCAUCAACCUGUGGCUGCCGAGCGUGCUCGCCGCCCCCGGCGCCGACGACGACGGCAGCGGCACCGUGACCAUCCUGGAAGCCUUCCGCGUCAUUCUGCAGUCCGAGGACAUCGUCAAGGGGAAGCACGAGAACACGCUGGAGUUCCACUGGUACAGCGCCGAGGAGGGUGGUCUGCUGGGUAGCCAGGCGAUCUUCUCAACCUACGAGAAGCAGGGGCGCGACGUCAAGGCCAUGCUGCAGCAGGACAUGACGGGUUUCGUGAGGCGCACGCUGGACGCGGGCAAGCCUGAGAGUGUGGGAGUCAUCGUGGACUAUGUGGACCCCAACCUGACGGACUUUGUCAAGAAGGUUAUUGUUGAGUACUGUGACAUCCCCUUCGUCGAGACCAAGUGCGGGUACGCCUGCUCCGACCACGCCUCGGCGUCCAAGGCUGGGUACCCUUCGGCCUUUGUGAUCGAGUCGGCGUUCGAAUUCUCAGAUGACCACAUCCACUCCACCGAAGACCUGAUCAAGUAUCUAUCAUUCGAUCACAUGCUCCAGCACGCGCGCAUGACGCUGGCUUUUGGUUAUGAGUUGGCAUUCACAGAUUUCUCCGUGCUUGAGGGACCGGACCACUCGGAUUCGUUGUAGAUAGUCCCUGUGUGGGCCGCGAAUGCCGCCCACAUUACAUGUGUUGGAUAAUACUUUGGACUGUCGGCUGAGAUGGCCGGGUUGAUGCAUGUAUUGUAUUGUACAGCAUGCAUGAUGCCCAUGCUUCGUACAUGCGCACUACUCGACCUCCUUGACGACAUCUGGAUGUAUUUUUUCGUUGUUGAAGCGAUGCUGUCCAAGUAUAUCCUCCUGAUGCUCAUGCUCUUUGCUGUGCCUAUUCCGAACGCUGCAGCAAGAUUGCGCAGUCAGA